AUGGACAAGCAUGAGGUGAGAAGAAUUAUAAAACUGAUACCAAUAAUCCCGCUUGAGGAGCCAAGAUCCCCAACUAAAAGUUUUAUGGAUAUUUUGGAUUUUGAAACUAAAAGCUCUCUUAAUGAAGACGAUAGCCCGACAACUGUCGCAUAUCUAACUCAAGCAAGUCAGCCUAUGCGUUCAAAUUCUCUAAAGCCCAGAAAUCUUAGAGUCUCUUCACGAUCAAAUGCAAACUCCCCCAUUAAGCCAACCCUUUACAAUCAAACUGGCUGCUUUCCAUCUCAAAAUGCUUCCUUCAAUGAUAUUAAUCAACUCUCAGAUUAUUAUGAUGGGAAGGCUUACUUUCCAGUCCAAUCACCAAUAAGAAGAAAAUUAGUUUUUCCAAGCUUAUAUAAAAAUGAGGGCUCUGUGUCACCUAAAAGAGAUACCCCGCAAUUUUAUAAAAGGUCGUCUACCUUGCCAAUGAGUUUAUCAAAUGACGUAGAACCCUCUAGUGACAUAGAUUUAUUGAGUGAAAAUAUUUAUCAUUUGGCAAAAGAGCAUGAGAAUUUAAGAAGAAAAUUGAAAAAUCAAGAGAUUCUAAUUAAAAAAUUGCAAGAGACUGGCCCAAAUAAGGCUCAAGCUCCUGAAGAACCACAGCCUUCAAGACAAGUACCAAAAUUUGACCCAUCAACUCCUGUUAGCACUGAUAGAAAUUAUGGCGAAAGUUCGCCUUUUCAAGUUACAUUUAAGCCUGAAAUAAGAUGGUCUGAGCUCAAAAAGCCAAAACGAAGAUUUCCAAGGGAAAUAUUUUGCAAUACAAAAAAAAAUAGGCUUAGCAUAUAA